AUGAUCUCAGACGAGAAGCCCCCGUCCUUCGUCUCCGUCGAGGCCCCCACCGAAAAGCCAGCACCAUGCACCGUCCACGGUCCCUCCCAGACCCCGCAUCUCGACCGCGAACUCCAGCAGCCCUACGCCCAGGCUAUGAUCCAGGCCCUGACAGCUGCUCUCAACGACCUUACGGAUGAGAAGAAGUGCACACAAUGCUCGCUGGAGAGAUCUUCUGCUCUUCUAACUAGCCAUGUGCGGGAGAUUCAGGCCAUGAAGAAGAAGGAGCAGUGGUCGAAGGGGGAGAGGAAGGCGCUCAAGGCGGAAAUCAAGACAUCAUUGAAGGGUGUGAGGAAGGAUGCGAAGACUAUGUGGAGGGAGGGAAUGGGCGGAAACUAG